AUGUCGUUUGGAGAGAGUGCGGCUGUCUUCAAGGCGAGAGCCAAGGACAUCGGAGUUUCUGAUGAGAGCUUCGCGAAGCUUGAGGCGGAGGGACUGACAACGAUGGCAACUUUCGCCUUCUGUUGUCAUUUCAACCCGUCGGAGAUGAGUUGCUUUCGGCGUCUGUUCGCCGAGGCAUACGCAACUGUUGCAUCCGACAUCCGAUCGCAGGUGGAAGCAACAGAAGACUCAUCGAUCAAGAAACUAGCUCCAGCAGACAGGGCCGAACGUUUGCGAGAGCAGCAGUCCAGACUUAAAGGUCUUGACUUGAGGGGCAAUAUGGAGCCAGGCGACUCCUUGAUUGAUCGGGCUGUGGCGAUCUACGAAUCUGACAGACUCCAGUAUGUGGAGUGGCAGCAUUCUGUUAGCAGACAGCAUGAGCUUCUUACAGGGCUCAAGAAGGAUGCUUCGCUUACCUUGGAUUCUGCAGGCGGCCUAAAGAUUGCCAGCAAGCCCAACGUGACUCCUUGUGAUGUGUCCACUGAUAUGAUGGUUCGCUACGCCUUAGUGCGAAGGGGCCUAGCCUUUGAACAGGCGAACAUCUUGGCGUACCAUUUGCACGAUGAGUUGCUUGAAAAGUACAUGUCUUUCAGGCUUAUGGACCCUCCUCCGAAUCAUGCGCGAGUGAGCUUGAAACAGAUUGAGCAAGCUGAUCGUCAAUUCACCAUGUUGCUCGCGGAACACACCCGCGGCGGCAUCAAGGUGAAGGCAGGAGGAUCACGGCCAUGUGACGGUGGACACAUCUUCGUCGUGCAUCCUGAGGGUCCAGAUCAAACCUUCUACGAAGAUGCAUCAUGGGCUCCAGAUCUCUUCUGGUUGCGUUUACCGUGGGUAUCCACUGAUUCGGCGCCGUUGACUCAACCGAGUCCGGCCUUCCCCUCCGCUGAAUUGCCUGCGGACGGGCCUCUAGUGAUCGAGCUGUGCGCCGGGUCCGCCAUCCUCAGUCAGACAGCCGCCAGCCGCGGCUUUGCAAUCAUGCCCGUGGAUCAUGCUCACAACCGCCACACACCUAAGUGCAAGAUGGUCAAUCUGGACUUGACCCAGAGCCAUUCCUGGGAGGUCCUCAAGUUUGUCAUCAAAUCCCGUCGUGUUGCCGUGGUGUUUGCGGCUCCGCCUUGCGGCACUUGCAGUGCUGCUCGUCACUUUCGCCCGGGCCCCCCAGUGCUCCGCACCACUUCACAUCCGUGGGGUGUCCCGUGGGCCUCCACCAGAGAUUGUGUCAAGCUCAAAGCUGCCAAUGCCAUAUACAAGCAACUAUGCGCUUUUCUUGAAUUGUGCGAUCAGCACUCUGUGCCUUGGUGCGUCGAAAACCCCACUAACAGCACCUUCUGGGAGUUGCCAUGUCUUGCGUACCCUUUGGCUCAUGGUUUCUUCGCGCAUUGCCAGGCUUGCGCUUUCGGCAGCGAACGAGAUAAGAAAACAUCUUUCUUGUGCAGCAGCUCGGGCAUCUCUCGCAUGGCUCUGAUGUGCCCAGGCUGUAAACAACAUGCAACGUGGGGCCUUACUUCUGAUGACACCUUCGCCACAGCGGAGGAAGCAGCCUAUCCUCCGGCCAUGUGCCAGGCCUUGUGUGAUGUCUUUGAGUCGGACGCCUACACCCACAGCUCUUGUCAGAGCACGCUGCAGUUCUAUCCCGCCUCCUGCCCCGGGAGCCCAGAGUCUUUCGUCAGAGAGGCCAAGCUGCUAUAUCAUCCUUUUGACUCUCUUGCGCAGUUGCCGGACUACUUGAUCAAAUCCCUGUUUGAGCAGCUGACAAAAUCCCCUGCAGAGAUCUGCAAGUUGAGACUUCUUCGUCUGCAAAAGUGGAGGGCCAGAGCGACUGAGCUGGCGCCAGUCGAGCACGCUCACCGUGCCAAGAUGCAACCGUCCGUGAAGGAGAUCCUCGCCAACAAGCGGACGGCGCUACUGGAGGAGAUGGCGGCCGAAAUAGACUGGCCCGACAAGGGUCUCUUCUCUGAGAUGCGCCAAGGCUUUCGCUUGGUUGGGUGCCUGAGCCCUUCUGGUGUGUUCAGGGAAGGAGGGUACCUCGCCUCCAUCAGCGAAUCCGAGUUGAUGGAAAAUGCAGACAGCAUCAGAGCUUCUCUCCUGGCACGUGUGUCAGCCGAUCCUCUUGACGAGAACGCCGAGGAGCUGUACGAUGUAACUCUUCAGGAGGCUACCCAGAAAAAGUGGUUGGACGGGCCGAUGACCCCAGGAGACAUUGGAAAGAGAUUCGAGGCGUGGAUCCCGGUGCGCCGCUUCUGUGUUGUGCAAAAAGGACGCUUGAGACCGAUUGACGACUUCAAGGAGAAUCUUGUAAACCAAGCUUCUCGGCCCAAGACCGGUUGCUGUGAGUGGUGGGUAGCGGGGGCGAGACGAUAUGGCUUCACCAACUACAAGGGGCGUACAGUGGACGAGGGCGACCUCCUUGGCGCCUACACCAGCAACCAGCAGCAAGUUUCGGAACCGAAGCACAGGUCGGAUGGCUGGGCUUCUACUUCAGAAUCUUCGCUGUCGUUGCUCUCCUGGAAUUGCGGGGGCCUUGGUAACCUGCAGGACGAAUGUCUUACCUGGCUGGACUCACAGCCCUUCCAUGUAGUUUGCUUGCAAGAGACUUGGUUCCGCAGUCACAUGGAUUUCCACACGAGGGGCUGGCAGUGCAUCAACAGUGGCAUCGGCGAGCAAGCUAAACGAGCGCACGCAGGAGUGAUGAUUCUGUUCAGGUCCAGCGCGUUCAACAUGCAGAGUCUUCGGUUUCACCAUGUGGUCCCAGGACGUGUUCUUCAUGCCAAGGUCUUCGGCAAGGGACUAGGUUGGAUCGAAGUUGUCAAUGUGUACCAGUACGUAUGGGAGCGACAAUCAGAGCAGUCCACCACAGAGGCCAAGAGAGCUGUGGUGUGGGACAAGGUUCGAGCUACGCUGGGUCAGAUUCCUCAAGGCAGUACGCUGGUCAUGUGCGGUGACUUUAACACUACCAUUGCGAAGCGUCUUCCCUAUGCAGGUUCGGGCAUGUUACGCAAGUCGCAACCCUCUCCGGAUGCUGAUUCCUUAGAAGAACUCCAGUCUGACUUUGGCUGCGUUGCUGUCAAUUCCUUCGGCAGGGUCGAUUCGCAUACCUAUAUCCACGAAGGCUACGCAGAGGCCAGGCGCUCCUUUGUUGACUUCAUCUUCUUGCGUAGGCGUAAACACAGGUUGCACAAGGCUACAUUGCUGCGGAACUUUGAGGUGGGCAGGUGGCGGAAGGGAGGUCGGCACCUACCCGUGCGAGUGGACUUCACGCUGCGGCCCUACCACUCUUCUUCACCUGCAGUCAGCACGGCAGCCAAGUGGCCGGCGUGGAAAUGCAAGCUCCUCACACAGGCUGUCAAGGAGGCACCGGAGCUGGCAGAGCAGUUUCGGCAGACGGUGGCUGCAUCAUUGGAGCAGGUCAGUGCUUAUCGGCCCCAAGAGCUCAAUCAAGUCCUGCUUGAUGCUGGCGACCAGGUGUUUCAGAUCAAGCGCCCCAGCUGCUUGAGGGCACCAGCCGAGGACCCAGAGCAUGUAGGCACCAUCAGACAGAUGUGGGAGCAUUACCGUUGCAUGCGCCAGUUGUCGCCGGGCAAUUUUACGAAUCGAACUUUGUUGCGCAAUGCAGUCCAGGCAUGGCGACAUUGGUUUCAGUUCCAUCGCAUGCAUAAGAUAGUGCAGAAACGCAGCAGGCAGCUACGCAGGAAGAGAUUGGAUGAGCUUCUCACGGAAGCGCAGGCUCAUGAGCGAUCCGGUUGUACUUCGGCCAUCUUUGACAUUUUGCGUAGGCAUGCUCCAAAACAACCACGACGACGAGCACAGCUUCGUAGCGACACUGGCAAACUCCUCACCCCGAACGAGGAAACGAAGGUCCUGCUUGACUUCUGGAAGGGUGUUAACGGUGGCAUCCAGCACACGUGGCAGGCAUCUUCGGUCACUGUGCAGUAUGACAUCACCCGGGACGAGCUCGCACAAGCACUUCAACAGCUUCAGGCUCGGAAAUCCGCACCCAAACACUGUGCACCACAUGCAUUCUGGAAUCUUGCAGCCCACGACAUUGCGGACUUCAUGGAUAAACAUGUCUUCGAGGCUUGGCGUCAGGGGGAAGCCCGAGUCUUCUCAGAAUGGGCAGCCGCCUGGUUGGUGUUUUUGGGGAAGGUGGGCAAAGCGGGCGAUUCACCCGCGCAUCUCAGGCCCAUUGCUCUGCUGGAGCCCAUGGGAAAGGCAUUGGCUGGGGUCCUGAAACAGCCCUGGGUGUCGUCUUUCAGCACUGUCGUGAGGUUCGAACAGCAGCUCUGGCACAGGGCAGAUCGUUUUACCAGCUACGUGCUGGUGCCAAGCGCGGUCCCGACGGCGCUCCGUGAGCUCAUUCUCCAAUGGGUUGAGGCAACGUCCUUUUACAUCGGAAACGGAGCGGAUGCAGCGUGCUACUCCUCUGACAAAGGCUUCCGGCAAGGUUGCAAGCUUUCCCCCACCCUUUGGGUAUGCGUCUCAGUGUAUGUGCUCAGAGCCUUAGACGGAGUUCUCAGCAGCGGUUGGAGCAAACAGCACACGGUCGGUUUCGCCGACGAUCUUCACUUCAGGUGGCGCUUCGAUGAUGUCGCCGGUUUGCUCACCUCGCUCGAACAGGCCGGUAUCGUCCUCAGCAAACUUCAGCAGCUCAAGCUCAAGAUCAGUGUGGACAAGACUGUUUGCCUAUUGCGAGCGGACGGUGUGCAAGCUCCGCAUGCUCUGCGGAAGAUCAUUCGCAAAACCAAGCACGGCAAGUUGCUCAGAUUGGACAUGAACUGGGAGAUGCCGCUCAAAAAAUCCCACAUAUACCUAGGUGCAUGCAUCUCGUACGAGAACUUCGAAAAACAAAACAUGCUUCAUCGACUACAGGCGUGCAAGGCUGCUUUCUGUAGACUUCGUCCCACCUUGAUGGCGCACAGGGCCCUCAGCAUGCACAAGCGGCUCAUGCUGUGGAAGGUCACGGUGGUCACUUCAGCGUUCUACUCCUUGCUUGCUUCGGGAUUCACGGCUAAGAUCUUCGACAUGCUGCGUGUUGUCCUCACCAGACAGGCCAGAGCCAUCGCACGCAGCCCCAGGCACCUCGAUCUUGAGAGUGAUGACUGUUUUUGGCACCGAAUCCAAAUCGACCCUCCCGCCACCAUGCUGCGCCUUCGCCUGGAAAAGGCCAUCGCGACCACUACUUCACUGGCUGACUGUCUUCAGUCCACAGAUGCGCGGAUUGCGCCGGAACUCAGGGCACAUGAACAGGCAGUACUCGCGGAGCUGCAGGAGAUCACUUCCCCGACCAAGGCGAAAGGAGCCACAGAUGAUGGUGAACACAUCUGUAUUGAGUGCGGCGCUCGGUUCGGCACGGGAGCAGCACUGCGAGCGCACAUCGCCAAGAACCACAGCGAGCAGCGCAUGCAGAUGGCACAGGAAACGAUCAUUGAGUUCGAUCGACAUAGGCACGGCAAAGACGGCAUGCCGACGUGUGCUGGUUGUCUUCAUCGUUUUGACAGGUGGGCUGAUCUGGAAAAACACAUCGUGGAGAAUCAUUGCCAGGCGACUCCUGACCAGGCUGAACCCCCAGCGACUGCCGUCACCCGGACCGUCAUGCAACUCGUGCAGGACGGUGACUUCUCCGUCUCGGACCUCAGUGCUGGUGCCAUCACCCCCACACUACGUGACGAGUUACGACAACACUGUGCCUUGUGCAGACAGUGGCAUCCCAACGCCAAGUACUUCAAGAGGCUCUGCCCCGCAUCCAUGGACAAUGUGAAUGGUGUCUUGAACAGGACUAUGCACCUCUCCCUGCACGAGGCUGAGCCAGAGAUGGAAGAGAUUUCCUUCCCCGAAGCAUCGGACCGCAAACGCUGGAAUAAUCGGCUCAAUCGCGAGUCAAACUGCUGUGCAGCAGCUGGGCUUCCAAACUCGGGGCAACAUGUCAGUUCUGUCAAGGUGGCUACAGCAAGAAACUCAAGCACGCAAAUGCCUGUCCUGAAAUUCUUCAGAAUGCUCUUGCACUUGUUCUUCAACAAUCACCGGCUAGAGCCCUGCGUAACCCCACCAGCCCGGCACAUAUCCCAGAUCAAGAUGGAGGACUCCCAAGUCGCAGCAGCGUUCAGCGAAGUGUUCGGACCGGUGCUGGGGAAACGCAUGCUGGAAGUGGAUGUCACCACGGCGCAGCAGGAUCGACCGACCAAAACAAACAAACCAGGGGCGCCAAAGGGAAAAGGCAAGGGCAAGGGCAAAAAGAAGUACCAGGCCAGCCGAUUCUCCAGCUCAGCCAAUGGUUCCAACGAGGAACCGGACUGGUAUGCAGAAGCCAUUGCACUCAUGAGUCGCAUGCUGAUUCGGCAGGAAGAUGUGAUGGCGGUGUUGCGUCAAUCCACGGGCUGGGUUUGGUGGCUUCGGGUACCGGCACCGACCGUAGUGCCGGACUUGUUUCAGGCUGCACAGGUCUGGAAGAAGGAGAUCGCCAACCCUCAGAGCCCCAUGACGGGCACAUCGCUUCGCUCGGCUCUGCUGUGGUGCAUCCUUCACAAGCUGUGCCUGACCAUGCAGGCCGAGGACCAGGCGCAGAUCGACUUGGCGAUGAAGAACGGAUGGUGCACCAAGGACCAGAUGUGGGUGUAUCAGGCUUGGUCCCCGGCCCGCCAACAGCUGGAGGUCGACGAAAGCAGGGCACCGAUUCCCACGUCAUCAGUGAUACAGCUCCUGACGGACAUGAAGACCUUAGUCAGCGGAGACACGGUGUCGAGGUUUCAUGCCACUCGGCCAUUGGCCGAGCAGAUGAGCGGCCAGGUGCUCACGAUGGUCAUGGAUGUCUCGUUCCGCAAGGCCUCGGCAAACGAGCUCUACGGCGAGCUGGAAAAGCUUCAAGGCCUGGCAGCUCUACAGUUGUGCGGAGUUCAGUUCCGGAAGGAGGGUUUCAAGCGCUCGCCCGCAGCGCAGCGGCUUCUGGAGCUCAUGGGUCUGCUGUGGACUAUGGCCGAUCAUCUUGAUUCAUCUGCGAUGUUUACCAAGACGGGUCGUGAAGCGCUCAGGCUCAUACUUCAGCAUAAAGACAAGCCCGUCCACAUCUUCGGCAUACCGAUCUGGAGGAUGCUGCUGCACAGCUGGGGUGCUCCGCAGUCACAACACGAUGCUGCCGAAUUCCUAGCUUUUUUACUUGACAAGCUGCAUGCCAGUACUUUCACAUGGGAUUGGGAGGCUCGCAUUGGUAACGAUGUUGCAGUAGCCAGCGAGGUUGCGGACAGGGGAAACAGUCGGCAUGCCAUCACCCUGGAUUUACCGGGGCAGGAGGGGCCCUAUGACUUGCAGAUACUCGCGAAUGCUUGGCAUGAGCAGGCGCGCACACAUGCCUUGACAGGCGAUGCCACGCUACUGAUCUUCAGGCUUGCUCGCUAUCGGCAAGAAGGUGAUCUCGUUCGCAACAAUUGCGCCGUCACAUGGUCCUCAAAAGUUUAUGUGCCUGUGUUCGAUGGUCAGGGGAAUUCUUCCGUCGCGCAAAAGUUUGCAGUUCAGGCGGUCAUCAUGCACCAUGGCAACACGCUCACUUGUGGACAUUACACAAUCAUGCUUCAUGCGCCAGAUUCCGCUUUUUUCUGUGAUGAUGGGGCGGCUGGAUCCAGCAGUGGGCAGCUGCUGACCGCGCUAGCUGUAUACUCAGGUGAUGCUGACCCCGCUGGGGUCAAGAUGGGCCUCACGAGGGCCCUUAGGCUGCUUCUGUACAGUGUUGCAGCACCAGUUCGCAUACUUUCGCCUCGCCGUGAGAUACAUGCUUUUGCGCGUCGGCCGCUUCGUCAUUCAUUCUUCUUCUUUGGUAUGCACCUCCACUACACUGUGACAUUGUUCAUGUAUGUCCAGGUUUCACGCAUUGCCCAGUACAUUCCUCUGCUACGUUGCAAUAUGUCGCCUGCGUCUCCGAUGGAGUGGACUUUACGGGAUGGGGUAGUACGGAUCCAGGCGCCCUGGUUCGAAACCACUCUCACCCCCGAACUCUACUACUUCGAUCCGAGAGCCGUGGACCAGGACAGCUGCGCCUCUGCAGAUUGCGACCCCGAUGUGCCGCUGCUCACGCUACUUGAUGCAUCGGAUGCCAUGUCAGCCUCUUCUGAGGCCUCACUACGUUCGGAUGGCUUCGAUAUUCCUGUGGUACCAUACAUCCCGGUGCACUUGUACGACUCCAAUGAUCAUGUCAACAAGUUUGCUUUUGACUGCUUGCAUCGCGGCUUCGUUUCCUUUAAUCAGCUUCGUGUACUUUGCGAGUUGCUCCCACCAGACAACAAACCUCGAAAACAUGUGCUUUCAGAUGCUGGGUUGGACAACUUCUGUUUGGAACCCCGCUGCUUCACAACUGGCGCUUAUGUUUUCGGAGGCAAUGCUGGUGUACGUAGCAAUCUCGCUGCCUUCCCAUGGGUGGCAAAACUUCUCUGCGACAUUGUGCGCAAUGUGGCCGGCGACAAACCUUACACUACAGUUUCGCUCACGCUCAACUGGAGGUCCGGUGUACAUGUGGAUGCGCACAACAGCAGAGUUUUUCACAACAUUCUUAUUCCUGCUGGAUGCUGGGAUGGAGGCGAGCUUUGGCUCGCUGAUGUGACGGGGACUGUGGCUUAUCCGGGCACGUUGAUGCUUGGCAACAUCCAACCUAUACGGCAUCCUUAUGUCUCGUUUGAUGCCACACAUCCUCAUGCUGUCAUGCCAUGGGUCGGAGAGCGAGUGAUGAUUUGCGCCUUCCACAUCCGGGAUGCUUGGCGCCUCGGUCAGGAUCAUCUACUCUCUCUGCAGGAAGCUGGCUUUUCAGUGGCCACGUGCGAACAUGACACCGACCCGUACAUGUGA